UUAAAGGCGACCGAGGUGACCGACCGAGGCGGAAACAACUUAUUACAAUGGUAACGACCACGGCAACACACCAUAAGAACCGCGCUGCAAACAUGAACUCGAUAGUUGAUCCAGUGCGUUUGAUAAUUUUCUAUCUGCUAUUUGUGAAUGUGAUGUCUGCACCUGCAGCAAAUUCUCCAUCAGCUCUAACCUGCGACGUCACUCAACAACCGAAUGGGUUAUAUCUCUACCAACUCUCCCGUGCUCCCAGUUCAUCCAACUGUAGCACAUGCUGGGAGGACCGCGAGGAAAUCAUUGCCCGGGACUCUAAAUUUAAUAAACCAGUCCAGUUCCUGACCAACCAGUCAAUCACGCUGAAUGAAUGCAAGGACUACCUGCACUACACACAGGACUGUACGUCGACUUCAGCCACCCCACGGACCCACUCCAAAGCCCUGGGCUUUGAGGAAGCCCACUGCAAAAUCAACUGCAGCCACCUCAUGGACCCUCUCUCAACCCCGGUGAACUCUACGUUGAGUGUGCCCAGGCAGAACCAUGUUCAUGAUGGCAUCGGAUAUUCUCUUGUAGUCGUAGUCGUAGUCGGAGUCGUAGUCGGAGUCGUAGUCGUAGUCCUCGGGGUUCUGUUCUACAAAAGGAAGAGAAAAGAAUCUCUGGACAACAGAGUUUCAUACACUCCUGCAAUUGGACAGAUUAACAUCGAGGGACAGGAGAUGGCGGAAGUCUAAACUAGAUGUAAACCGACUCCUGACUAGUAAAGUGUGUGUGUGUGUGUGUGUGUGUGUGUGUGUGUGUGUGUGUGUGUGUGUGUGUGUGUGUGUGUGUGUGUGUGUGUGUGUGUGUGUGUCGUAUAUGCAUUGUUUUUUAAAGAAAGAAAAUUAGUUUCUGUUUUUAAAAUGGUGCUUUUGGAGCCAGAUUUUCUUUUCAAUCCAUUUUUCUAUGGAUUUCCAUUUGAAAUGAGCUUCAGUGUUUAACCUGGUCUGUGGAUGGACCAGGACAAACAUUUCGGAGGGUCCAAAAUAAUCCGUCCUCUGGACAGAGCAGGACUAUCGGUUUCCCCGUUUCCAGUCUAUGCUAAGCUAGGUUUACCGGACUGCUUUGCUUUUAAAGGCUUUGAAAAAAGCGGGACCAACUCUAAGCUUGUUUUCAAAAAAGAUACCAAGAUUACAGUGAUGUUUGUGGUAAUUAAAAGAUGAAUGAAAGUUUAUUUAUACUUCGAUCGUCUCACAGCUGAUUGCAAAUCACGUCACAUAUGGAGCAGCAGUUUCUGCCCCUCAGCACUUCUCUCCCAGCAGCAUCUUAAGUAAAACUUGAGAACGCAUUGUGACGUUAGUCAACCGUUUUUAAUGUUUAAGGAGUUGUUCAAGAAAGUCACACUUUCCCGAGUAUCAGACUGCUGUCAUUUUAGUGUGUUACAUUUUCAAUCCACAUCUCCUCUGGGACCAUGUGCAUGUCAAAUGGUUAUUAAAAUACACUGUCAGUCUUUGCUUCCAGUGUUUACGCUGGAAGAAUGUGGAAACCACCAGAUUUCUCCCAAACUAUCCAGGAAAGACAACUUCUGAAUAAAUCAGAGGCUACAAAUAGGUUGUGAUGUUGCAGAAUCCCGUUUCCAGACUUGAUUCUUCCAGCCAUAACUGGUUGCCAGAUGUAGUCUGGUUGUAAAGGAGCUGGUCUGGCUGUAGUUUAGCUCCUUAGCUGAACUCAAGAUUUAGUGCCCUGACACACCAAGCUGACUUCAAAGAAUUGAUGCCGUUAAAAGACGACAGAUCAACACUUGGCAUCUUUGCCGUCACCUGAAAAGUCGAAAAGUCCAGGUCGUUUUAGUAGAGACUUCUGUAUAUAAUGAAGCAUCUGAACAAUCGGAAAACGGUUAAAUCUCUUCUUCCAAUUCAUGAUUUAGUUAUCCUCAUUUACAUAUUUUUCUGUUUCUGUUGUCCGACAACUUAACAAGCACAAAAUAAUGAUUUAUUGUCAUUUCCAAGCUGCUGCACUGCUGAAAUCAUUAUUGUAUAUGUGUAUACAUAUACUGUAUAUAUCGCAACAAAGGUUAACAUCAAUCCAGGUUAAUUACAACAGCUUAAAAUGGAUCGAUCACAGAGGUACUUAGUAAGUCAGGCCCCCAGAACCCCAACCUCAACCCCAACCCUAGACUCGACCGCGGUGGUCAGCCAUAAACGUCCAACCUGAACAGUCCCCUAUAACCACUGGUUGGCUUGGUGUAUCAGGGCUUUCAGCUCCAGCGACUGCAACAAUCCAAACAGGCUUCGUAUCCUAAAUCCCAAAUGUCACCAAAAAAUCCAUAGACCAUAAAAUGAUCCAUGGUUGACAAAUAAGGGAAUGGAAAUUUAAAAAAGGAAGAGAACUUUCAAUCAGGUUAUCUGACGUAACGCCACAAGAUGUGGACUGUCAGAGCUCCUAUUGAUCGACAGUGCUACUGAUCUUCCACUGUGGAAGUUGGGAGAUUUGUUUAUUAGCUUAUAAUAAAUAAAUAUAAAUAUAUAUAAAUGUGUAUAUAUAUAUUACCUGAUCGAGUUUCUGUAUUGUACAGAACGGUUGUAGACUGACUGCACGAACAUGAAGUUUGUGCGCAGGUCAGUUGUUACGUUUGAUCUCUGGACUCUGGACUCUGGUAUGACCAGAAAUCAGCUUCAUGUUUUUACACGAGAUCCCUGAUAGAU